AUGCGAUUCUUACCACAUAUGCUGUGUGGGAUCGCGAUGGUUUGCAUCGUAUCAGGUCAGCAGUUCAAACCGCAGCAGAGCACCAGCGAGCGCAGCUCGGAGGAAAACAUCAGCGAUGUGUCACCGGCGGCCAGUGGCAGUGUGGCGUACCGCGCGAGGCCAUCCUACGCUGCUCAGUACAGCUCGGAGGAAGAGGAAGACGAACCUCAGCAGGUGUACAACCGGCGUCAGCACGACAACAACAAAAAGGGCAAAAAACCGUCCUACUCCAGUGAAGAGUUGGAAGUCGAAGAGGAACCCGACCGACUGUCGCUGCUGUUGGAAAAAUCGGACUUCCACUGUACGGGUCGCACCACCGGUUACUACGCCGACGAAAGUCUAGGCUGUGAGGUGUUCCAUUACUGCCAGGAGAACCAGAAACACUCGUGGAUCUGUCCGGAAGGGUUCACCUUCCAUCAGGUCCACCUUAUCUGUAUGCCACCGUCGAACGAUAACAUUUGCGAGCAGUCAUCCAAGUAUCACUUCGUCAACGAUUAUCUCUACAAACCGAUCAACAUGGAGGAACACAUGACCAAACCCAAUGUUACUCUGAAAUACUCGGAGCGGUAUUACCCGGAGAACUUCUACGUGGACGAACGUCACUACGACUACGAGCGCCAGCAGCGUCACCACGACGAACGCCGUCAGCCGGUGCAGCAACAGUCCAAGCAGCAGCAGCAGUCCUAUCACGCUCCUCAGCAGCAAACCGUUCGCAAACAGCCGUCCUACAACGGUCCGACGACACCCUCCUACCGGAUAGUGUCCUCGCCGAGCCCCACCCAUCAGAGCGUGUUCCGCAAUCCGGAGGAAAUCAACAUCUCGCUGCAGCAGAGAAGGCCCUCCUACACGCCCACCACCCAGCGUUACGAGGACGACGAGGACUACAGCAGCUACGAGCGGAAGUAG